ACUUGGUAAGCGCGCAGGCAGCACGUCGUCGUCGUUCGUGGUUGUGUUUCGAUAGUGGUCGGAUAGAAGAUAUAGAAGAACCGUUAGCCGUCGCGUAAUAUUACCGAUUUGUGAGUGUGCCCACCAGUGAAUGAGUGAAGUGAAAAUCAGAGCAGACACAGAGAUAGAACGAACUCCAGUCGAAGCCAGAGGCAUCGAGAACGAACUCCAGUCGAGGCUAGGGGCAAGUGUGGUUCCUGCUAGACAAUAUGAUGGACGUAAGCAGCAUGUACGGCAAUCAUCCGCACCACCAUCCUCAUCCACAUGCCAAUGUCUUCGAUGGUUAUGGCGGCACCACCACCGCCAGCACCAGCAGCAGCAGCGUAACCGCCAGCAAUGCCAGCAGCUACUUUACCCCGCACCAGCAUCAGCAUCACUUGCAGCACCAGCAGCAGUUGCAACAGCAGCAAUUGCAAUUGCAACAGCAACAGCAGCAGCAGCAGCAGCAUGCCCUUACGUACAAUGGCUAUGAGAGCAGCUCCCCCGGCAGCUAUUAUCCCCAGCAGCAGGCACAACUGACACCACCGCCCCAGGCAGUGGGAGGAGGAGCAGUGGGCCUCCAGGUGCAACAGACGCAGCCACAGCCGCCGCUACCGCAGCAACAGCAACAACAGCUCUACCCCCACUCGCACCUGUUCAGCCCCAGUGCGGCGGAGUAUGGGAUCACGACGAGCACGGCCACCGGAAACCCAGGCACUCCACUGCAUCCCACGAGCCACUCGCCGGCGGACUCCUACUACGAAAGCGAUUCGGUGCACUCCUACUAUGCCACCGCCGCGGUAGCCACUGUUCCGCCACCCACCAACAACUCACCUGUGACCGCGGCAAAUGCCACCAAUCCGCAACAGCAGCAGCAGCAACAGCAGGCAGGGAUCGAUGCCCAUGCCCAUGCCCCCAUCAUCAGCUCCGAGAACGGGAUGAUGUACACCAAUCUGGACUGCAUGUACAAUCCAGUGCAGGCUCAGGCCCAGGCCCAGGCCCAUGGCUAUGCCGGACAGAUCGAGGAGAAGUAUGCGGCUGUACUCCAUGCCAGCUACGGGCCGGGCUUGAUUCUGGAGGAGCAGGAUCCCAUGAUGCAGCAGGCCACGCAGUCGCAGAUGUGGCACCACCAGCAGCACUUGGCGGGGGGCUAUGCCCUGGAUGCCAGCCUUACGAUGGACUCCCUGGGCAUGCAUGCGCACAUGCAUCAUGGAUUAGCCCACGGCCAUUUGGCCAAUCUUGCCACCAACUCCCACCAGCAACACCCACAGCUCCAACAGCAGCAACAGCAACAUCCGAAUCCACAGCAACAUCCACAGAAUCAAUCGCCGGUGACGCAGGCAACGUCCCAACAACAACAACAACAGCAACAGCAGCAGCAACAUUCGGUGUCGCCCAAUGGCGGGCUGUCGCGACACCAGCGCGGGGGUGUCAUCUCACCUGGCAGCUCCACAUCCUCAUCGACAGCCUCCGCCUCGAAUGGCACGCACACAGCGAGCGCACAAUCAAAAUCGCCAAAUCACUCGAGCAGCAUUCCCACCUACAAGUGGAUGCAGCUCAAGCGGAACGUUCCCAAGCCACAAGCACCAAAACUACCUGCCAACAGCAUUGCAAACAUGCACCACGACUACCAGAUGAAUGGACAGCAGCUCGAGAUGUGCCGCAGUGUUGGUGGUGGUGCAGCUGGUGGGAGUGGCGGCGUGGCCAAUGGUCCCGGAGUUGGUGGCAACGGCUCUGGCCUCGGCAGCGUCCUGUCCGUGCAGAAUUCCCUGAUGCUCUCUGCGAACAAUGCAUCCGCGGGCAAUGCCCCGAAUGGCAUGGGCGUGAGCAUCGGCGUGGGGAUGGGCAAUGGGCCUGGCGGUAGUGGCCUCAGCAGCUGCAGCCUGUCCAACAACACCAACAACUCCGGCAGGACGAACUUCACCAACAAACAACUGACGGAGCUGGAGAAGGAGUUCCACUUCAAUCGGUAUCUGACACGGGCCCGGCGCAUCGAAAUAGCGAAUACAUUGCAACUGAAUGAAACUCAGGUGAAGAUCUGGUUCCAAAAUCGGCGCAUGAAGCAAAAGAAGCGCGUCAAGGAAGGCCUCAUUCCGGCGGAUAUGCUCACCCAGCACACAUCCGUACCCGUAAUCACAGAGAAGCCACCGCAGCAGCAGCAGCAACAGCAACAACAGCAACAGCAGCAGCAGCAAGCAGAGCUGCAAUUGAAGCCGCAAAGCAGUGAAUUAAGCAGUAACGAACAGCCUGCAGCAGCCAUAGCGGUAACAACAGCAUCCGCCAAGCAGAGUUGAACACGUUUUCAGGAUUUUGCUCAGAUCAGAUCUUUGUUUUAAUUGUUAUCGCUGUUAUUGUUGUUGUUGUUGUCGCCAAAAUGUUGACGCAUUUCGUUGUGAUAAAUUAAUAGAAAAUGCAAAAAAAAAAGAAAUAAAAUAAAAUAAGAGAAUACAAUAAUUAAAUAAAUAUUAUGUCAUACUAGUAGCAAAUUUCAUAAAAAUUCAAAAUAAUAAUAUUAAUAAUAAGCAAAUCGGUAAUCAAACAUUGCUAGCAACUUGUGGAAUCGAGGUGCCAUAUGUAUCAUCUAGGGGCUGUAAAUACUUAAACUAGUUUCGCAUUGCCGCAGCUGAAGCACUAAACAUUGACUCAGGGUUAACAAAAACGUAUACUUAAUUUAUGAAAACAAAACUGAAACUUGAAAGCACGCAGAGCAAUUGACAAAAUACAUUAAUCAAAAUCAAAAGGAAACAAGAAUAGAAUCAGAAUAGAGUAACUAAAUAAUUUUACAGCUUAGUAGAAUCCAAUCCCCAAUGUAUACCCCACAUUUCCGUACGAGUAGUAUUAUUAUUAGCUAAGUUUUAAGAUGCAGAGUAAUUCGUUUUUUGCUGGAGUCCAAUCGGUAUGACACAAUCUUGAUGUACUGUCUGUAUAUUUAAUCUAGUCCUAAUUGUAAUAUAAUUAUAAUUGUACAACAUCUAUAUAUUUAAAGAAACAAUAAACGAAAACCGAUUGCAAAUUGUUGAUACAA